AUGAAAGUCUUGGUGAUUUUGGCGGUUUGCGGUCUGGCAGUCGCUGCCGUGCCCAUUCCAGAAGAGAAUCGCAUAAACGGAGAGAAUGGUUGGUAUGUGCCACAGGCUAAUGGCUCUUUCAUUUGGGUCUCAAUCGAAGAGGGUGAACAAAUGCUAGAUGAAUUAGAGAAGCAGGAAGCAGUACAGAGUCGCCUGUUACCCGUGCCAGUAACUUUCUACUUGUACACAAACAGAAAUCCGUCAAAAGGACAAAAGAUUACAGAAACCUUCAAGUCGAUUUCCGAAUCCGAAUUCGACGCUAGCAAUCCAACGAGAUUCGUUAUUCACGGUUGGAUUCAGAGCUACACCGCUGACAUGAAUAAAGAUAUCUGCGCAGCUUGGUUGGCAAGUGGAAAAUACAAUGUGAUCAUUGUAGAUUGGGCACGCGCACGUUCUGUCGACUAUGCCACCUCUGUUGCUGCUGUAGCAAAGACUGGAGAAAAGGUGGCCAGCAUGAUCAACUAUUUGGUCGAGAGCUUUGCGAUGAGUUUGGUGGAAACAGUUGUGAUCGGCCACAGUUUGGGUGCUCAUGUAGCCGGUUAUGCUGGUAAGAAUACUAAGAAGGGCUUGCUGCACACUAUAGUCGGUUUGGAUCCCGCUUUACCACUCUUCAGUUACAACAAACCCAAAAAACGUUUGAGUGCCAAUGAUGCUCAUUAUGUCGAAUCCAUUCAGACCAACGGCGGUACUUUGGGUUUCCUUAAACCAAUCGGUAAGGGCGCUUUCUACCCAAACGGUGGUAAGAGCCAACCUGGUUGUCCUUUAGAUGUAACUGGUGCCUGCAGUCAUCAAUGCUCCUGUUCUUACUACGCUGAAGCGGUAGCUCGUGACAACUUCUCCAGUAUGCGUUGUGAUGACUAUAAGAAAGCGGUGAACAAUAAAUGCGAUAGCUUUUACAGUGGUGUGAAAAUGGGUACAGUGACGAAUGCUUAUGUGGUGACUGGUGAAUAUUAUGUACCUGUGCAUAGUUCUACGCCUUUUGGUUUCGAUGGUGCCUAA